UCUGUCUUCGUUCAAGGCAGAGUACAUGUUUCAGUCUAUGAUACCUUAUCAACAUAGUAUAACUCUACUGAGUGCGAAACUACGUCUAUCGUUUGUAGCUAUGCUAUUGACUUAUGUUUAUCGCUUAGUUUCUCCUAUAAUCUUGGUUAUGGAACAAGUCAGCCGUGACACGUGUGACUGCUUGAUGUGGUUUUUCUUAAUUAAAAUUUUAAUAUGAUAUAAUUUUGAUAAAAUCUUAGUGGAUAAUGAUAUGACAGUAACUCUGGUUUUUUCAUUGGAUGUGUAUUGUUUACAAUGAGAGAGAGAGAAAAGUAUAUAGGAUAGCACGGCUGAAAUACCAUUGCCAUAUCCGUGACGAAUUCUUGGUAUGACAUCAAACCCUUAUCAAUGGAAGAGAUGUGGCACUUUAUCAUUGAUGUUAUUUAUUAGAAGACAGAUGGUGAUCUCUCAGUUACAGCACCAUGUUCAAGUGCAAUAGAGCAAUAAAUAUCAAAAUAUAGAAUCUUUUUCUUUUUUACAAAUCAACUUGAAGCACAGAUAAAAUCCCAAAAUGGCUGGCUUAUUACUGUUUCAGAGUUUAUGUUACAAUUUACCAUUUAUUUAGUAAUGUGGUCAUCUGUUGGUGAGUUUUUGUCACUUUAUUGACAAUGGCAUUUUAAUAUGAUUUUAAAACCUGGCUGGUUUAUUGAAUCUUAUGGAAAAAGUCAGUCAAUUUGUAAAGAAGAUUUCAUCAAAUAAAGAAAUGUAGGAUAACAUUUUCAUUUAAGCCAGACCAUUCACUUUUGGCAACACACUUUAGUGGAGACAAAACUGAUUCAUGAAAAGUUACCAGAAAGAAAUACUCUAUAAGAAUCUAAAAAAGAAUUAAAAAAAAAAACAUGUCACACUCUCAACAAAAACAAUUUCACUGUAAAAUGUGUGGAAGAAGUUUUGUUUUAAGAUUUAACCUUUUACAACACAGGAGGACGCACAAAGAGUUGAAGAUUGAUUUGUGUAAAAUAUGUGGUAAAAGCUUUCCUUUAAAAUAUAUUUUCCGUAAGCACAAACAAAUGCACAAAGGGGAAACAUUGCAUACAGGUGAAAUGAAGGGUGUUGCUUGUUCCCGAAACAAUAAUUCUUACAAAGGGAAAGUGAAGGUUUCCCAAGAAAAUGAUUAUCAAUAUAUUAAUGAUAGUGUUUAUUCUCAAAACAGUUGUUCACCAGACCAGAAACAUUUAUAUUAUGAAAGUAAAUCAUAUCAGCAUAAGCUUAGUGAUAAAUUAUUUCUUAAUGACGGUAGGUUAUCUGAGCAUAUAGAAACACACAAUAAACAGACUUCCUCCUAUAAGCAUACAAUGGAUAGUAAAUAUUUCCCUAUCCCAAAUACUACAGGGAAGCAAAAUCAAAACCAGACAAGUGAAGUAUCCUUUCUAUGUGAAAUAUGUGGCAAAUUGUUUUUCCAAAGUAGUAGUCUGUCAAAACAUAUUCAGACACACAUGGAAAAGAAAUCCUACUCUUGUCAAAUCUGUGGUAAAAGGUUUUCUGUGAAGAUUAGUUUAUCAAAGCAUCUGUGGUUACAUACAGGGGAAAAUCCAUAUUUAUGUAAAAUUUGUGGUGAUGCAUUUCCUGAAAAUAGUCUUCUACAAGAACAUAAACAGGUGCAUAUAGAUGAAAAGCAUUUUUCUUGUGAUGUUUGUGGUAAAGCUUUUCCUAAAAGAUCAAGUUUAUCAAGACAUAAACAAAUUCAUACGGGGUUGAAACCAUACAGAUGUGACAUUUGUGGUAAAUCUUUCAAUGCCAAUAACAAUUUCAACAAACAUAAACGACUGCACACAGGAGAAAGACCUUAUACAUGUGUAGAUUGUGGUAAGUCUUUCUCUACAAAUGGCACAUUGUUAAAACACAUUCGUGUACAUACAGGUGAGAAACCAUAUAGUUGUGAUAUCUGUGGGAAAGCUUUUUCACAAAGUAGUAGUUUAGUUGACCACAAACGAAUACAUACGAAAGAAAAACCAUAUUGCUGUAAUAUAUGUGGGAGAUGUUUCUCUCUGAAAACAAACUUGGUGAAACACGUUCGAACUCACACGGGAGAGAGACCUUACACAUGCGAUAUUUGUGGGAAAUCUUUCUCUCAACACACCACACUAUCAAAACACACUCAAAUCCACACGGGAGAGAAACCAUACCAGUGUGAAGUUUGUCAUAAAUCUUUUGCAGCAAGUUUCCACUUCUUAGAGCACAAACGAGUCCAUACAGGUGAGAAACCUUAUGCAUGUGAAAUCUGUGGCAAGGCUUUUUCUAAAAGAUUCAGUUUAUCACGACAUAAUCGAAUACACACUACUGGCAAAACCUAUGAUUGUGAAAUCUGUGGGAAGUCUUUUUAUUUAAGUACUGAAUUAAUCCAGCAUCAACGUUUACAUUCAGGAGAGAAGCCAUAUACCUGUGAUAUCUGUAAUAAACGAUUCUCUCUUAAAUCCACUUUAUUAAGACACCAUCGAUCACACACUGGAGAAAAACCUUACAACUGGGGCAGAAUGUAUGAAAUGGUUCUAAAUAAAAACUUUACUGCACGAAACCACUCCAGCAAUUGUAAACAAAGUUGUUUACCUAAAUGUGCAUUGAGAUGUAUUUAUAAUGGCCAUUGUGACUGCAUAUACUUCCAACUGUUUGAUAAUUUAUGCAGUCUAUUGGAUUUUGAAGAGUGUAAUAAUGCAUUGUAUUCUACAUUGCCGGAAACGCAUGAUACUUUGACAGUACUGAUGAUUCGUCAAGAUCAGAACAAAACUCAGAAGAAAAGCAAUGUUUACCAAAUAAUCAAUACCAGUGUAAAAUAUCCGAACGUUACCUUCCGUUCUUUAGUGUGGUAUUGUGAAGAGGUUUGCUCUGCGACUUCCAACUGCUGUGGUUAUUCAUAUAAGAAUGGACAGUGUCAAUUACUUAUCAUGACUUACUGCUGGAACUCCAAAGUCCUCCUCACCGAUGGAAACUAUAUUGACCUAACAAAACCCAUAGCAUGGCCAUUUCACAUUCCUAAAUCAACCUCUCUCACAAGUAGAGUACCAUCCGUUGUUACUGAUGAUGGUGUGACUCAUUCUGAGGAUUUAACUGGAAACAGAGAAAUAAUAAACCCCAGGGGUGUAACCAAAACAAACACUAGACUACAAACCAUUGACACAGUAUCAACCAGCGACAUAACAGAAACCAGUUCCGCAAGUGGAUCUAGUUCCACAAUUGGAACUAGUUCCACAAUAGAAACCAGUUCCACGAUAGGAACCAAGGGCUCAAUAGAAACCAGCUCCACAACAGAAACCAGAUUCGGAAGAGGAACCAGUUCCACAAUAGGCACCAGUAAUACAAAAAAAACCAGUUCCAUAAUAGGAACCAGUGACACAAUAGGAACCAGUGACAAAACAGAAACCAGUUCCACAAUAGGAAUCACUUCCACAACAGAAACUAGUGAUACAAUAGGAGCCAGUUCUACAAUAAGAACCACAGGCACAAAAGAAACCAGUUCCACAAUAAGAACCGGUGACACAAUAGGAACCAGUGACACAACAGAAGCCAGUUCCACAAGUGGAUCUAGUUCCACCAUUGGAACUAGUUCCACAAUAGGAACCAGUUCCACAAUAAGAACCAAGGGCUCAACAGAAACCAGUUCCACAACAGAAACCAGAUUCGGAAGAGGAACCAGUUCCAUAAUAGGUACCAAUAACACAACAAAAACCAGUUCCAUAAUAGGAACCAGUAACACAAUAGGAACCAGUGACAGAACAGAAGCCAGUUCCACAAAAAGAACUACUGACACAAUAGAAACCAGUUCCACAAUAGGAACCAGUGACAGAACAGACGCCAGUUCUAUAGCAAGAACCAGUUCCAUAACAGAAACCAGUUCCACAAUAGAACCCAGUUCCACAAUAGAAACCAGCUCCACAAUAGGGACCAAUUCCACAACAGGAACUACUGACACAACAGAAACCAGUAACACAAUAGGAACCAGUGACAAAACAGAAGCCAGUUCCACAAUAGGAACCAGUGACAGAACAGACACCAGUUCUAUAGCAAGAACCAGUUCCAUAACAGAAACCAGUUCCACAACAGAACCCAUUUCCACAAUAGAAACCAGCUCCACAAUAGGGACCAAUUCCACAACAGAACCCAGUUCCACAAUAGAAACCAGCUCCACAACAGAACCCAGUGACACAACAGAAACCAGUUUCUCAAUAGGAACCAGUGACACAACAGAAACCAGUGAUACAAUAGGAGCCAGUUCCACAAUAAGAACCACUGACACAACAGAAACCAGUUCCUCAAUAGGAACCAGUGACACAACAGAAACCAGUUUCUCAAUAGGAACCAGUGACACAACAGAAACCAGUGAUACAAUAGGAGCCAGUUCCACAAUAAGAACCACUGACACAACAGAAACCAGUUCCUCAAUAGGAACCAGUGACACAACAGAAACCAGUUCCACAAUAGGAACCAGUGACAAAACAGAAGCCAGUUCCACAAUAGGAACCAGUGACAGAACAGACACCAGUUCUAUAGCAAGAACCAGUUCCAUAACAGAAACCAGUUCCACAACAGAACCCAUUUCCACAAUAGAAACCAGCUCCACAAUAGGGACCAAUUCCACAACAGAACCCAGUUCCACAAUAGAACCCAGUUCCACAAUAGAACCCAGUUCCACAAUAGAAACCAGUUCCACAAUAGGAACCAGUGACACAACAGAAACCAGUGAUACAAUAGGAGCCAGUUCCACAAUAAGAACCACUGACACAACAGAAACCAGUUCCUCAAUAGGAACCAGUGACACAACAGAAACCAGUUUCUCAAUAGGAACCAGUGACACAACAGAAACCAGUGAUACAAUAGGAGCCAGUUCCACAAUAAGAACCACUGACACAACAGAAACCAGUUCCUCAAUAGGAACCAGUGACACAACAGAAACCAGUGAUACAAUAGGAACCAGUUCCACAAUAAGAACCACUGACACAACAGAAACCAGUUCCUCAAUAGGAACCAGUGACACAUCAGAAACCAGUUCCACAAUAGGAACUGCUUCCACAACAGAAACCAGUGAUACAAUAGGAGCCAGUUCCACAAUAAGAACCACUGACGCAACAGAAACCAAUUCCUCAAUAGGAACCAGUGACACAACAGAAACCAGUCCCACAAUAGGAACUGAUUCCACAACAGAAACCAAUGAUACAAUAGGAGCCAGUUCCACAAUAAGAACCCGUGUCACAAUAGGAACCAGUGACACAACAGAAACCAGUUCCACAAUAGGAACCAGUUCCACAAUAGGAACCAGUGACAGAAUAGGAACCAGUUCCACAAUAGGAACCAGUGACAGAAUAGGAACCAGUUCCACAAUAGGAACCAGUGACAGAAUAGGAACCAGUUUCACAAUAGGAACCAGUGACAGAAUAGGAACCAGUUCCACAAUAGGAACCAGUGACAGAAUAGGAACCGGUUCCACAAUAGGAACCAGUGACAGAAUAGGAACCGGUUCCACAACAGGAACCAGUGACAUAAUAAAAACCACUGCAGUAACGCAGGCCUCUUUAGUGACGCCCACUGUGCCCAUGUGUCCUUGUAUUUGUGAAGAUGUGACACAGCAACCAGCCACCAAGAAGGAGUUGGAAAUUCUUAAAGCUAGCUUAAAAAAAGAGCUUGCCGUAGAUAAAAAGAAACUCUCUAAAACAAUUCGAGCCAAAACCAGUGCACCGGACGAACGACGAUCGGCUCAAGGUAUAGGAGUUAUUGGUGUGAUACUCCUAUCUGCACUUCCUAUUUUCAUCAUUGUAAUAGACCUUCCUCAACUCUAUGCAGACAUGAAAACUUUCUACAGUAAUCUUUCUAGUUUGUGUUCUAACAGGACGCUACGCUAGACUUGCAUCCGUCAAUUUUCUAACCGUAUCUAAUAACUCAUUGCACGAUGUACUUUAUAUAUUAUAUUGUAUUUAAGUGUGU